AUGGCGCUGAGUGGAAACUGUAGGACUAACCCCAAAGACCAGGAAUCGGUCCAGAACAGCUUCCCAGAUGUCGUCGAGCUAAACGUGGGGGGUCAGGUCUAUUACACGCGACACUCCACUUUGGUGAGCACCCCGAAUUCCUUACUGGGAAAGCUAUUCUCCUCGAAGAAAGACGCGACCAACGAUCUGGCCAGGGACCCCAAGGGACGGUACUUCAUCGACAGGGACGGUUUUUUGUUCCGGUACGUGUUGGACUAUCUCCGAGACAAGCAGGUCGUGCUCCCGGACCACUUCCCGGAGAAAGGGAGGCUGAGGAAGGAGGCGGAGUACUUCCAGCUGCCCGACCUGGUCAAGCUCCUGACCCCGGAGGAGGUCAAGCACAGCCCGGACGACUUCUUCCACAGCGACUACGAGGACGGCUCCCUGCAGGGCAGCGACCACCGGCAGUGCCCGCCGCCCUCCCUGGUCCCCGCGGACCGGAAGAGCGGCUUCGUCACGGUGGGCUACCGGGGGUCGUGCACCGUGGGCCGGGAGAGUCAGACCGACGCCAAGUUCAGGAGGGUCCCGCGGAUACUCAUCUGCGGACGCGUGGCCCUGGCCAAAGAGGUGUUCGGGGAGACCCUGAACGAGAGCCGGGACCCGGACAGGACCCUGGACAGGUACACCUCCCGGUUCUACCUCAAGUUCAAGCAGCUGGAGAGGGCUUUUGACAUGCUGUCCGAGUGCGGGUUCCAAAUGGUGGCCUGCAACUCGUCGGUCACCGCCUCGUUCGUCAACCAGCACACGGACGACAAGAUCUGGUCCAGCUACACGGAGUACAUUUUUUAUCGUUCGUUUUCGCUCCAUGGCGCCGCGGGGGCCAAGGAGCACUGUGGCGGCACCGGUUGCCUUUACACGCCUCACUGCACUGUCACGCAGCCUGUCUCGCUUUUCCCAUUCAGAUCUGUGUCUGUCUGUCUGCAGACAUGA